UUAUCCGGAUCCUUCCCUUCCCUUCCCUGCCCGCUAGCCCCAACUGCGCCGCGAAGCGCAUGAGCGAGGCGCGCCCUCCGAGGAGCGGAGCGAGUGCGCGCGGCUGUUGGACACCGAGCGGCAGGAGAGAAAGACGGAAGAGACCCAGCCAGCAGCCGGCCCGCAAGAAAGCGCCGAUCGCCGCUCCUCCUGCGGACCUUCUGCUUGCUUGCAAAUCUCAGACCUUGGAGGUGGACCAGUCGUCUGGUUGAAGCCUGUUCUUGUCACUAGUUAGCAAGGGAGAAACAAGCCAUGCCUGUGCUGUCUGAAGAUUCAGGUCUGCAUGAGACCCUUGCUCUCCUGACAUCACAGCUAAGACCGGACUCAAAUCACAAGGAAGAAAUGGUGUUCCUGAGAGACAUAUUCAGUGAAAGAAGUCUUAGUUAUUUAAUGAAGAUACAUGAAAAGCUGUGCCAUUAUGAAAGGCAGAGCCCAGUCCCAGUUCUGCACAGUGCCUCAGCACUAGCUGAAGAUGUGAUAGAAGAAUUGCAGACUGCACCGAUGAAUAAUGAUGAAAAAGAGCUGCUUCAGCUGCUGUCAACUCCUCAUCUCAGGGCGAUGCUUGUUGUCCACGACACGGUUGCCCAGAAGAAUUUUGACCCUGUCCUCCCUCCUUUGCCGGACAAUCUUGAUGAAGACUUUGACGAAGAGUCGGUGAAAAUUGUCCGCCUGGUGAAGAAUAAAGAGCCUUUGGGUGCAACCAUCAGGCGGGACGAACAAACAGGGGCUGUGAUAGUGGCGCGUAUCAUGAGGGGAGGGGCGGCUGAUCGCAGCGGUCUUGUCCAUGUGGGAGAUGAACUACGGGAAGUCAAUGGGAUUGCUGUGCUUCACAAACGGCCAGAAGAAAUUAGUCAGAUUUUGGCUCAGUCCCAGGGAUCAAUAACCCUGAAAAUAAUUCCAGCCGUUAGAGAAGAAGACCAACUGAAGGACAGCAAGGUGUUCAUGAGAGCCCUUUUCUCCUACAACCCGAAGGAGGAUAAAGCUAUUCCUUGCCAAGAAGCUGGGCUGCCAUUUCAGAGGCGACACAUCUUGGAGGUAGUGAGCCAGGAUGACCCAACAUGGUGGCAGGCCAAGCGCAUGGGUGACACGAACCUUCGGGCAGGGCUGAUCCCCUCUAAGCAGUUCCAAGAAAGGCGUUUGAUGUACAGAAGGACUGUUGGCGCCCUGCACAACACCAGAAGUGUAGCAAAACCUCUCUACGAUCAGUCUUCUGAGAAAGAAGACUGUGAUUGCGAGGGAUACUUCAACGGACAAUAUAUAGCUGGCUUGAGGCGGAGCUUCCGACUGAGCCGAAAAGAAAAGCAAAACAGCCCGAACGAAGCCAAGCCAGUCGAGCAAACUCACAGCUCAGAGCUCCUUACGUAUGAGGAAGUCACCAAGUAUCAGCAGCAGCUGGGAGAAAGGAAGAGGCUGGUGGUUUUGAUUGGUUCUUUGGGGUCCCGAUUAAACGAACUCAAGCAGAAGGUGGUGGCAGAGAACCCACAAGAGUAUGGGGUUGCCGUGCCACAUACUACAAGAUCCAAGAAGAGUCACGAAAAGGAGGGUGUGGAGUACAACUUUGUUUCAAAGCAGUCAUUUGAGACUGACGUGCAGCAUAACAAGUUUGUAGAGCAUGGGGAGUACAAGGAGAAUCUCUAUGGGACAAGCCUAGAGGCAAUACAGUCGGUCAUGUCCAAAAACAAAAUUUGCCUCGUGGAUGUCGUGCCUGAGGCUGUGAAGCACUUGAGGACAGCAGAGUUCAAGCCAUAUGUUGUAUUUGUGAAGCCUCUCGUUUCUGAAAAGAAAAAGAACGCACCAACAUCUCUACUGACAGACGAAAUCUCUGUCCCACUCGACGAGGAGCAGCUAGAAAUGGUUAACUCGGCUGCCUUCAUUGAAGACCAGUAUGGCCACCUGAUUGACACUGUCUUGGUGAAGGAGGAUCUCCAUAGUGCCUGCAACCAGUUGAAAGCCAUUCUGGAGAAACUGAACACAGACUCUUUUUGGGUGCCAGUCUCUUGGGUCAGGUCAUAGUUAUGUUGUGCUAAAAUAAAAGGGGGUGGGGAGAGAGAUACCUGUUUGAUAACAUGCUGUAAAUAGAAUGGAUGAUCAAAAGGGAAACAAUGUCUAAUGGAAGUGCCAGUUUGCUUGAAAAGCAGCAAAGUGAAACAUUCUCCACGUGGGAACCUCUUUUGAUCGCAUUUCUUCCACAGAAACAGAAAACAUUUCAGUGGGAAGAAAAAUCCCUGCAGGAUGCAAUCCAGAGGUGGUCUCUCUCAAAUUCCUGGCGUCUGGGUGGAAGCCUCUAGCUUUUUUGUAACUUGCAGUUUAGGUUCAAAAUGUGGGGAUCCAGACAGAAACCCACCAAAUAAGAGGAAAUGCACUCACUCCAAAAUCCGUAUGAUCAACAAUCAAAGAGAAGUUCAAUGACAGAAUUAUAAAUUCAAAUAACAAGAUAAAGGACUGCUUUUAUACCCACUGGCCAGACUGAAAAAGGGAGAGCUUUUAUCCAGAUGGUGAUAGUUCAUACUUUUGCAAAAGGGAAGCCUUCUAGGGCAAGUCAGCAAAGCUUGCAACUUGCUGCUUGAAGAUUAGACCAUUCAUGCAACUGAAAUAUAUAGCUAAAUAUGUUUUGAAGAUCUUUUAUGAUUCUUGCAGAUGUAUUUGCAAGUUACCCAAAUAUAAUGUGCUGAAUCCUGUGCUAGCAGCAUUGAAAGAUCUCCCUCAUACUAACCAGAAGACCACAGCAGAAAACUGCUGUGUAGAAAUACGAUUCCAUAUAAGCACAUGGUCAGGCAGCAUCUCAUCUACUUUGCUCUUUGCAUUUGGUUGCACAAGCUUUGAGCAGGCUUUAAAAUGUUGAUGUCUGUGGGACCCAACAACCCCUUUCCAGAUCCAGAGAUGGCAUUCCAGAACUGAUUUCCAUUUAGGCAUUCUUGCUUUCCCCCCACUCUCACCUGCUCCCCCCCCCUGCUUUUAAAACUGCAUUUAAUUUUGCGAGUGCCAAAGGGUUUGUUGUGAGAGAUGCUGACAGAAAAUGCAAUCACAGGAUCUCCAGGUUUUGGAGGAAGAAGCCCCUGGGGAGCAAGCAGCACGCAGCCAGAGCUGUGGAUGUCCUGCACACCCCCAAUUUGUCUGUGCAAGCAUUGAAUUGGACUCAGGGCUCAGCAUCCAGAUUCUUGGCCAUUUAUAUUUUAAAAACAAGCGAGUUUCUUAUGGUUAUAGAGAGGAAGCUGGCCUUGGUGUAUACAGAUAACCUGUAAUCUGAAACUGAGAAAGGGACUGGGGUGAGGAUGCCUCAGAAUCCCACUUCCUACACCAACUGCUUCUAAAGCCAAUCUAUUGCCAAUCUCCAUAAACUUCAUUCCUUUUUCUCCUCCUUUUAAAAACUUGGAUUUUGGAAGCAGAGUAAUUUAUACAGCAUUAUUCUGUAUAUGUUUACGUCUUGAUUUGCAUUAUUUACAGAAUGUGGGUUUUAUUGGCACAUAAUUUUAAGUGUGUGUGAGAACACACAGCCUGGCAUGUUCCCUGUUUUUUUGUGUUCCUGGAACAUCUACACUGAUUUUACUUCCCAGUGUAAUAUUCUCCUGUAUUUCUCCAUAAGAAAGAUUACCAUUGAAGAAAACCUUUACAACAGAUUUUCCUGGGCAUGUUUAGUGUUUCAGCCAAAGCCUUUAUCCCAAUCCUUUUAGCAGGUGUCGUCAUUUAAAGCUGAUGUUUUCUCAGUGUACUUAUGAUUUAGUCCAGUGGUUUUUGAACUGUGUUCAGGGGAACUCUGGAGUUCCUUGGAGGCUUAUUAGGGAUUCAUCAAGAGAUCGGUAAUAGCAGAUACGCUUCUCUGAAAUAAAACUUACCUGUUACAAAUCUUCCCCUGAAAUGUGAAGCUGUUGGGGUGGUGGUAAUACUGGUGGGGUUGGUGGUUGUUUUAUUAAUUCAAUAUUUCUUGUUGUGGGUAGAUAAGAGGCGUAGCUCAUACAGUUAUUUAAAUCUAGCUUUAAUGUGAUUGUGUGAAUGGUAUGCCAAGGCAGGAAUCAUUAUCUCAGAUUGAUCGCAGGCCAUAAACCACCUUGGUGUAGAUUCACACAAUCACACAAUAACCCACAUUAAACAUAGAUUUGAAUGAUUGUGACAACCAGGACAGUGAGACCCAACAGGCUUUGUAUGUGUCCCGGAUAAACUGAAUGUGUACCCAAGAACGUUCCCUGGUGCCCUCAGCAGCAUGCCUGGAUUCCAUAGCAGAUGCUCAGAUGUUCCUCACCAGACAACUUAGCAUAGGAAGGAUGCCUUGCAGGUAGAAACUUGAAAAACCUUGUCUUUUGUAAAUAACUCACUUUGUGAUAUACAUGGAACACAACAUAAUGUCUGAGUUUAUGCAUUCAAUAUAUGUUGUUCUUAUGUGGCAGUUUAUCUGGAUGACAACUGCAGAGUUCUGUUUACAUGUGCUUUCUCUCUGAUCUCCCUCCCCAACCCUUGCUCCAUAUUUAAAUUUCUAUUUCUCUCUGGUUUCGAAACAUAUGAAAGCCUUUUUAAUUCC